AUGUCCGGUGGCGGAUUCGGCGGAGGGUUCGGCGGAGGGGGAGGUGGCGGAGGGGAUAUGGCGGAAGCGGUUGAGCUGCGGAAGGAAUUGGCGGAGCAGUCGGAGGAGAUGGACCGGCUUUUAGCUAAGAACGAGGAGCUGGAGGAGCAGCUCCGCGAAUCGCGGCGAGAGGCUGCCGAAGCAAGCAGCCGCGCCACUGCCGCCGCAUCUCGCGCUGAAACCCUCCAAGCAAAGCUCGACGCGGCCGUAACUAACUCCGCGUCUCACGCCGCAUCCGACGCCGCAUCCGAUGGCGCGUCUGGUGGCACGUCUGGCGCGGAGGCCCUCCAGAGGAAACUAGACGAGGCGAACGUGGCGCGGGCGGAGCUGGAGGAGCGAUUAAUCUCCAUUACCUCCGAAAAGGAGGAGCUGGAAAGGCGAUUAAUCUCCACGAGCGCGAAGCGCGAGACUCUGGAGGGGAAAGUGGAGGAUUUGGAGGGGAGGGGGAAGUACUUAGAGGGGAAAGCGGCCGCCGCGGAGAGAGUAGCGGAUGAAUUGGCACGCCAGGUGGAAAGGCUAGAAGGUAUGGUGGGGGAAGGCGGAGAAGGGGGAGACGGGGGAGGCGGAGGGGGAGGGACAGGGGGAAAAGGUGGGGGAGGGGGAGGGGAGUGGGAAGAGAAAGUGAGGAUGCUUGAGCGGGAGUUGGAGCAGAUGGGGAGGGAGAGAGAGGAGGUGGUGAGGGAGAGGGAGGCGAUGGGAGGGGAGAGAGCGAAGCUGUUGAAAGAGAGAGAGGAGAUGGAGAGGAGGUUGAAAGAGCUCGAGAAAGAGAUGAAUGCGAAAGGAGGGGGAGGUGGUGGUGGGAGCGGUGGUGAUUAUAACGAGAGUAGUGACUCAAAGGAAGGGCGAGGCAGCGGGGAGAAGGCGGGGGCAGAGGCGGAGGAGGGUGAUGUGACUAAAGCGAGGGAAGAGAAGGAGGAGCUAGAGGCGAAGUUGGCGGAUGCGAUUAAAGAGAAAGAGGAGAUGGAGGAGAGGAUGUUAGCAGCAGAGGCGGAGCGGGACGACCUAAUUAUUGAGCAUGAGGAGCUAGUAGCUACUAUGGAGGAGGCCGGCGGGCGAAUGCAGGCUUUAAUUCGCGAGAAAAAGGAGCUGGAGGCACGGUUGGGAGCAGUGCAGGGCGGCUGGGAGAGCAAGAGCCAGGGGCGGCGGCCGUGGGAGGUGGAGGAGGAGGAUGGGGAGGAGACAGGGGGGAUGGGAAUAGGAGGGGGGAUGGGACUGGGAGGGGGGAUGGGAAUGGGAGGGGGGAAUGAUAGCAGGUACUUAGAGGAGAGGGUGCUUGAGCUUGAAGCGACUCUGGCAGAAUCGAAGCGAGGGAGGGAGGAGAUGGGGAGGCGGUUGGCUGCUGCUGAAGCUCUUGUGGAGGAUGAGAGAGAGAGGGUGGCGGGAGAAAUUCGGUUGCUGGAUCAGGAAUUGGAAAAGGCGAUGGGGUUGCUUGGGGAAAAAGAGAGGGAGGUGGAGGGGUUGGAGGAGAGAGUGAGGGAGCGAGAGGAGGAGGUGGGGAAGGUGGGGGGGAGGUUGCGGGAGAAGGAGGAGGAGGUGGGGAGGGUGGAGGGGAGGUUGAGGGAGAGAGAGGAGGAGGUGGGGAGGUUGGAGGGGGAGGUGAAGGGGUUGGAGGAGAGAGUGAGGGAGUGGGAGGAGAAGGGGAGGGAGAAGGAGAGGGAGCUGGAGGAUGUGAGGAGGGAGGCAGAGGAGAGAGUGAGGGAGAUGGAGGAAAGAGUGGGAGAGAGUGAGAAGAGGGCGGGAGAGUUUGAAGCGAAGGCUAGCGAGCAGCAGGAGAAGGCGCGAGAAGUGGAGUCAGCGCUUGCUGUGCUUCAAACGGAAGUGGCAGAAGCGAGGGGCGAGAUUGAACGACUGGUGCUGGAGAAGGAGGAGUUGGAGGGGAGGAUGAGGGAGGUGCAAGGGGCGAAAGAGGGUGCAGAGGAAGAAGUGGCCGGGUUGCGGGAAGCCGUUCUAGGGUUGGAGGAGGAGAAGAGGAAACUGGAGGAGGGAAGGCGAGAUAUGGAAGAGGAGAAGCAGAGAGCCGAGGAGGAGAAGGAACAUUUGCUAGAGGAGACGGCACGUAUGAAGGAGGAGAUUCGGAAGGUGAGGGAGGAGGGGGAGGAGGAAGGGGAGAAGAGGAGGCAGGUGGAGCAGCAGGUGGGAGAGUUGGAGCAGCGAAGGAUGGAGCUUGAGAGGAGCUUGGAGGAGGAAAGGGAGGGAAGGAGGCGGGUGGAGGAGGAAUCGCGGGGAGAGAUUGAUGGGCUUAGAAGGGCUGUGGAAGAGGGGGAGAGGAGGGAUGGAGUGAGAGUGAGUGAGUUGGAAGUGGCUUUAGAGAGGGAGAAGGCGAGUAGGAUGGAGGUGGAGGGAGAGAGGGAGGAGGAGAGGGUGCGGAGGGAGGAGGUGGAAGGGAGGUGGAGAGAGGAGGAGAGGAGGAGAGAGGAGGUAGACGGGGAGUUGAGGGAGGUGAGUGUGAGGAAGAGAGAGGUGGAGGAGAGAGGGGAGGAGUUAGAGCGAGUGAGAAGGGAGUUGGAGAGGAGGGUUGAGGAGAUGGAGAGGGAGAAGGAAGAGGGGGAGAGGAGGAGGGAGGAAGGGGAGGAGAGGAGGAGGGAAUUAGAGGAGAGACUGGGAGAGAUGGAGGGGAGGGUGGAGGAGGCGAGGGCAGAGAGGAGGGAAAUGGAGGGUAGGUUGGAAGAGGAGGAGUGCAGGAGAAGGGAAUUGGAGGGACGGAUAGAGGGGCUUGGGAGGGAGAGGGAGGGGGAGGUGGAUUCUAGGGUAGGUGAACUGGAGAAAGAAAAGAGGGAUUUAGAGGUGAGGGCGAGACAGGCUGAGAGGGAGGUGAGGGAAUUGAGGGAGCAAUUGGAGGAGAGGGUGGAAGGGGAGGAGGAGAAGAGGAAGAGGGUUGAGAAGAGGUUGGAGGAGAGUGAGAGGGAGAGGGGGGAGUGGGAGGAGAGAGUGAGGGAGGCGAGGAAAGAGGUGGAGGAGGGGCGGAGGGAGAAGGAGGAGGUGUUGGGGAGGGCGAGAGCACUGGAGGAAGAAGUAAAGGUGGAGAGGGAGAGAGUUGGGGCAGUUGAGUUAGAGCUGAAAACAGCGAGGGAGAGAGUAAAGGCAGUUGAGUUGGAGUUGAAGGCAGAGAGGGAGAGAGUGAAGGACUUAGCAGAUAUGGGCGGGAGAGAGGGUAGGGAAGGAGCCACAGCAGCUACCACUGCAACAGCAGCCACUGAUACCAGUAGCAGCAAUGGUGGUGGCAGUGACGGCAACGAGCCCGAACCUGCAGCCUCGGAGAGGCUCGCCAAAGCUGAGGCUCGGGCGCGGCGCGCCGAAGCUGCCGCGGAGGCUCUCCGGGAGCAGCUGGCGGAUCGGGAGGCGAUGGAGAAGAGUAGGAUCAGGAGAGAGGUUCGGGAAAAGGAGACUGCUGUUGCGAAGCUAAGGGGACAGGUGGCACAGGCCGAAGGGAAAUGGAGGAAGGCGGAGGCGAGAGCCAGAGAGGCAGAGGAAGAGGUGGAUAGGAUUCGCGAUGGGGUGAUGGGCCGAGCGGGGAGGGGAGGUGGUGCGGGCGGGGGGGAUGGGGGAGGGGGAGAAGGGGGAGGUGGGGAGUGGGAGCAGUCUGAGGUGGUCCGGGUUUGGGUGAAGUUGAAGGAGGCUGAGGAGAGGGUGAAGGAGGCGGAAGGGAGAAUGUCAGAGGAGCAGGAAGCUGCUCGGAAGGCGCUGGAUGAGCUGGAGGAAGUUACGUGGAAGGUGAAGGGGGCGGAGGAGGAGGCGCGGAGGGAAAGGGAGAAGCGGGAGAAAAUUGCUGAGAGGCUUGCGAGUUUAGAAGAAGAGUUUGCUGGGAGCUCGGGAGGAGCGGGAGGAGCGGGAGGAGCAGGUGGGAAGAGUGCGGGAGGAGUUUCUGAGAACAGCUCAGGGGCGGGAGAAGGUGGUGGGGCAGGGGCGUCGGGAGCAGCAACAGGGGCGGUGCCAGCAGGGUUUGUUCUCUUAGCGGAGUCUGCUAUAGAGGAGAUGCAGAGGAGGGAGGCGGAGCUGCUGAUGCAGGUGGAUCAGCAGCGGGUGAUGCUGGAAGGCAAGGGGCAGGAGGUUCGGAAGAAGGAGGCGGAGGUUCGGGCGAAGGCUCGGGAAGUGACUGCGAAGCAGGAGGAGCUGAACGCACUGAAGGCUAAGAGCCAGGGGCUGCUAGCUAAGGAGCAGGAGAUUAAGCGACUGACCGAUGACCUUUUAGCUAAGAGCGAGGAGAUUCAGCGGCUGGAGAAGGAGGUGGAAGGAAAGGAGGAGGAGGCGAGGAGGAAAGCGAUGGAGCUGAUUAUGAAAUCAGCUGAGGCGAGGGCUAAAGAUGAGAUAAUCGAAGAGAAGGAAAAGGAGUUACAGGAGUUGAGGGAGCAGCUGUACUCAGGGGGAGGGCCGUCCCCCAGAGGAGGAGGGGGCGGUCGUAGCAUGAGGUAUGGGGGUCCUUCCCCAAGAAGACGGGCGGAUGGUGAAGGGGAGGAGGGGCGGCGGGAGGGUGGGUAUGGGGAGGACGGGGAGGAGGAGGAUACGGUUGAGUCGCUGAGGGAAGAGAUUGCUCGGAUGGAUGGGGAGAUGGAGGAGUUGUAUCAGGCGUUGAUCGAGGCGAGGGAGGAGAAAGAGGCGACGGUUACCGAGUUACUGAAGCAGGUGGUAACCUUGAAUGAUAGGUUGGCUGCCGCGAAGCGGGAGAAGGACUCGGCGGUUGCCGAGGCUGAGAAGCAGCUUCGGGGCGCCGUGACUGACGCGGAGGAGCGGGCGGAGAAGGCUCGGAAGGAGGCGGAGUCACUAGCUUUGCUGAUAGAGCAGACGGAAGGGGAUAAGGUGCAUGCGCGAGCGAGCGUGGAGAAAGCGCAGGAGUAUUUGCGAGCGCUGGACACGGCUAGGGUGGAGGUGAAGCGGCUGAGACUAGAGAGGGAUUUGCUGAAUGAUCGGGUGAAUACGCUGGAGGAGCAGGCGAGGGCGGCGGUGAAUACGGGAGGGGCGUUGGGGCGAUGGCUCAUGCCUAAUUGUUUGCUGCAGCGGCCGGAGAAUACGAGCAGCAGUGGCAUGG